GGGGAUGCCGGGAUGUUUACACUGCGGACGGCGGCGGCCGCGGGAGGAUGGGCCGCCGCUAGGCUCGCAGUCGGGACGAGCCGGGCCGAGCGCAGGGUGGGUGCCCGCGCCUGCAGCGUCCGCGGGGGCGGCGCGGCGGGAGGUGGCGAUCGGCUCCGGGCCUCGCGGCCACAGCCCCCGGCCCAGCGGGCCUUUCCGCGGCGCCGUCUGGCCGAGCCGCCCGCCCACCCCGGGUCCUCGCGGGCAGGAGAACGGAAACCUCCUAACUUCUUGAGUUCUUAAGUUCCUGUUGCUUCAGACAAUGGAUGAGCAAUCACAAGGAAUGCAAGGGCCACCUGUUCCUCAGUUCCAACCACAGAAGGCCUUACGACCGGAUAUGGGCUAUAAUACGUUAGCCAACUUUCGAAUAGAAAAGAAAAUUGGUCGCGGGCAAUUUAGUGAAGUUUAUAGAGCAGCCUGUCUCUUGGAUGGAGUACCAGUAGCUUUAAAAAAAGUGCAGAUAUUUGAUUUAAUGGAUGCCAAAGCACGUGCUGAUUGUAUCAAAGAAAUAGAUCUCCUUAAGCAACUCAACCAUCCAAAUGUAAUUAAAUAUUAUGCAUCGUUCAUUGAAGAUAAUGAGCUAAACAUAGUUUUGGAAUUAGCAGAUGCUGGUGAUCUGUCCAGAAUGAUAAAGCAUUUUAAGAAACAAAAGAGGCUAAUUCCUGAAAGAACUGUCUGGAAGUACUUCGUGCAGCUCUGCAGUGCAUUGGAGCACAUGCAUUCUCGGCGAGUCAUGCACAGAGAUAUAAAACCAGCUAAUGUGUUCAUUACGGCCACUGGGGUGGUCAAACUUGGUGAUCUCGGGCUCGGGCGGUUUUUCAGCUCCAAAACCACAGCAGCACAUUCUUUAGUGGGUACACCUUAUUACAUGUCUCCCGAGAGAAUACAUGAAAAUGGAUAUAACUUCAAAUCUGACAUCUGGUCCCUUGGCUGUCUGCUGUAUGAGAUGGCCGCGCUACAGAGUCCUUUCUACGGUGACAAGAUGAACUUGUACUCGCUGUGUAAGAAGAUAGAGCAGUGCGACUACCCACCACUCCCUUCAGAUCACUAUUCAGAGGAACUACGACAGUUAGUAAACAUGUGCAUCAACCCCGACCCGGAGAAGCGACCAGACAUCGCCUAUGUUUAUGACGUGGCGAAGAGGAUGCACGCAUGCACCGCCAGCAGCUAGACACGUGGAAGAUUAUGAAGAACGUAACCAAAAUAAUUUAAAGUGUUUCUGUGCAGACUAUACCUCCCCGUUUUUGUCUGGGUGUUAAGAUGAAUAUUUCAGAGCUAGUGUGCUUUGAAUCCUUAACCGGUUUUCAUGUAAGUUUCAUUUUGUACCAAUUUGCGUCACCUGCCUGCAAACCCCAAAAGACUUUGGAAUAAUCAAAUUGCAUGUUAGGAGAGUAAACGAAACACGAUGGUUUUUAAUGGCUAGAGAUUUUUUUAGAGUUAUUUAGAGUUUUCUGCUGAUAAAUUGUGUUCAGAUAGACUCUCAGUGCCAAAUAUUGAAGGCGCAGCUUGGCGCUCGUCAAGAUACACUCCCAGCCUGGGGAAGAGUAUCUAAACUUGGGACGUGUUCGCUUUACAGUCGGAUGUGGACAUUCGAGAGGAACGCAAUUGUGUGCUUUCGUGAUCAUUUUGUUUUUAAAAGUUUGAAGUAUGUGUUUUGGUUCUUAGCUUUGUAGCUUUCAAAUACAGUUCUCAAGAUAAGUGUAGACAAAUUAUUUGAGAAGCAUUUGGAAUUCUUAGCUUAUACGUUGAAAAUGCAACUAUUAAAUGUGAAAAGAUUCGGGGACAAAAUGUGAGUCAGACACUGAAGAGUUUUUUGCCUUUGUUUUGUUUUAAUAUCUUUGAUCUUCUCUUUGCGUUAAAAUGGUAUAAAUGAAUCCAUUUCAAAAGUGGUUAAGGAUUUGUUUGGCUGGUGUGAUAGUAAUUUUGAAAGUUGCACAUUGCCCGACGCCUUUUUUGUGUUUUUAUUAUUGUUUGUACAUUUGAAAAAUAUCCUUUGAAUAGCCUUACAGUACUAUAUUUCAAUUUCUUUAUAAAUUUAAAUGCUCUAUUCAUAACUGUACACUGUAGUGUCAGCAUAUGUUUUUAUUCAUAGAUUUUAUUGAAGUUCUGAUUGGUCCCCUUCAGAAAUUUUUUUAUAUUCUUCAAGUUCCCUCUUAUUUAUAUUGUAUGUGCAUAUGUGCAUUUUUAUCCAUUAAUGUUUCAGAUUUGCUGAGAACAUAAUACCCUUUAAAAAAAUAUUUGUAUUUGAAAGUUUUCCUGGAUUGAAAACAUUUUUUUUAAUAUUUAGAAAUUUGGGCCACUCCACAUGCAUGCAUUUUUAUCUUGUUAGAGAGGAAGAAAGGAUGUGUCUUGUGCUGUACCUGUGAAUGUUGAUGCCGUUUCAACUAAUUUGACAAGGUUGUAAUUUUAGAAUAUGUUUAAAGAAAUGAAAACCGGCCAUUACCACAGUCAGAAUUUUUAUGAGAUUAACAUUUCUGUUGAGAAGCUUUGAAACCAAGUACUGUAUUCAUGCAUGAAGAUGACCGACAUGGUAACGCCUCGCUUAGUUCAAGGAGAUGGGCAGAGUUUCCUAAAUGCUGUCGUGGAAGUGUGUUUUCCCUGAAUGCCUUCAUGUCAGUGGUGACCAGUUCCUCACAGAAUUGUGAAGCCAAAAGGCCGAGUCGCAGUCACCGUUACGGGACACCAUGCCACCAUGUAACCUUGGGAUGGAUAAUCCUGCCAACGUGAAAACCUCAUGUUCAGAGAACACCUACCUUUAGCCGAUAUAAUUGCUCGGUUUGUUUUUUCAUGUAAGUAUUUUUCUUACAAUCAUUUUAAUACUUUCAAGUCAUUUGUAAACUUUAAAACUGUAUAAAGGGCAAAAGUAUAAACUCUUCUUUUUUUUCAAAAUUUAGUCAGUUAUGGUAUGUUCACUAGUUAUGGUAUCCGAAGGGUCGUUUUAUCUCGCAAUAAGCAAAGGAAACCUGAUCAGUCCUUUAUGAGGGCCAGAUGCAUUCUUUCUCCCAGAUUCAAGUGACUUACAACCUUUACCCUGAGCAUCCAUAGAUUUAUCGCCAGAAGUAUGAGAGGAGUUGUUUUUGUUGACCAUUACUGUCAUGCUCAUUUUAAUGCAAUAUAAUUGAUGGAGGUGAAAUGUUCUGUGGUUGGAAUAGAUCUCUCCUCUUUCUUGCAAUCUUGAAAAAAUACCUGGAUCUAAAAUUCAUUAGCUUGCCCCCUCGCAGUGACUUGCAAGCAAAAAUUGAAGUUUUUCUUUCAGUGACUCUAUCUGCUAGAAGGAAACAGCUGGGGAAAAUUUAAUGAUCAGGGAAAUCCACUAUUAUUUUCUACAUGUGGAAACUUUUUGGAUGUUUUUUUUUUAUCUAAGUGUUCAUAUUUUUCCUGAAGAAACCACUGCAUAAAAAAACAAAUUCUAAUUUUGAAUGGGAUCAUUUUAAAGAAUUAUGAAGAUGACUAGAAGUUUUAAUUUUUAUAAUCACUUAUAAAAUGUUCUCUUUAUAUUCCUGUUUAUAGGUAAACUUUGUGUUCAUUAAGUAAAACAUUUGGAUUGAUUUGGCAAACAGUAAAAUGAAAGGUACAUCCGAUUCUAAGCCUUAUUUAGACUUUGGUACCAGUUGCCCAGGGGAAAAUGUGGGGUGACUUUGUUUUGUAAGCUGAGGUUUAGGAAUGGUGGAAGAAGGGAAUUCCUGUAUAAAGUGCUCAACGAUGUGCAAUGAUUGUAAAUGUAGUAAGAUAUUACAGCCAUUUCAUGAAUGCUUUACCAUUUACAUAGUCUCUUUUACAAAACACCGUUCUUGUAUCAAUAUACUUCAGGUGUUGCUAUUAACAUUUACAUGAUAUUUAUUUUAGCCAAAAUGUUAUUCAUAUUAAAUGUUUUUUCUUUAAAAUGAAUGUAUUGUGUUUAUAACCCACAAAUGCGUAAUUAUCCUGUGCCUCAUAUUUCAAUAGUACUGUAAUAUUGACUUCUUUUGUGAAAUACUUUUAUUUUGUUAUGCUUCAAAUACACCUACUAAAAAGAUUCUGUUGUUAGCUUUGAAAAUUGUAUAAUAUCCUAAUAUAAAUAAAAAUAUAAAAUUUAAAAAUGAGUACAAUAAAAUGU